AUGUUUCCAGAAUCUAGAGAUAAUUUAUAUUGUGAAACUUGUAAUUCCUGUAAUACAAGUUUCUUUUCUGAAACUCCAGUUAUUUGUAAAAGUAACAAGUUUUGUCAAGUUGUAGAAACUGAUACAGUUGAAUUCAAGAAGAAAUUAGUCAAUAAGAAAAUUGAUAGAAGAUUAAAAGAAAUUCAGAAAAGAAGACAGAAUAUAAGAAUGAUUAAUGAUAAUUUAAAAAUAGAAGAAAUUCAGUUACAGUAUCAACUAAGAAAUUUUGUGAAUCGUAGUGAUCCAGAAACAGUUCCAAAUAACAAUAAUUUUACAACAGUAAGUGAUCCAGAAACAGUACCAAGUACCAAUUACUCUACCAGAUUUUGUGAUCCAGAAACAGUACCAAGUACCAAUAAUUUUACCAGAUUUUGUGAUCCAGAAACAGUACCAAGUACCAAUAAUUUUACAAGAUUUUGUGGGACUCGUACAGUAUCAUAUCAUCAUGGUAAAAAAUAUGAGAAUUUACCUCAGUCUUGUAUUUUAACAGAAAUAAAUGAUGAUGAUGAUGUCUUACCAACUAAAUGUAUCAAUGGUUAUAAAUUAACUUUAUGUUAG